AUAAAUAGGAGGUGGAUUUUUUUACUCCACUCAUUUCUCCUGAAGGAUGAGAUCCCUGAAACACCUUAAACAUCACUCAAGGAACAAUGUGGAGGAGGAGAGUGGCCGCUUGGUGCGGACAUACCCAAAGAUGACUGAGGGCCAAGUAGAUGUGGGCACACAGACGGAGCCUGUGGUUGUGCUAUCUCUGGCUCAGGCUGCCGUUCUUGGCCUCAUCUCCCAGAAUGAAAUAUUUGGGGCGACUAUUGCUCCUAAUGGCUUUUACACAGGGGAACCCAGAGAAUGCCCCCCUCCACCACCAGAGUCAGUGGAGUAUGAGUAUGCUGACCAGCUGAUAGGGGCCAAUGGGGACUACCUGGCUGAGCCUGCUGGGGAGCUAGAGCCGCAGCCCCACUGCAGUGAGAGAAGACGGCCCGGGCCCCGUGGGAGAACCAAAAGGCCCAGGAUUGAUGGGGAAUUAGAGGGUCAUCCGCACAAUGUACCCAGUCCACAGCCUCAGGUUAAAGGUGAAAGACUUGACUCUGAUACCCCUCCUUCGUGUAUUCACAUGAACAGCAGGGGUAGUCCUGGCAAGUCAGAUGAUCCAGUCAUCCAGCAAGGUACUCUGAAAGAGGAGCAAGCCUGUGGAAACUGUCCUUCAUGUGUGAGAGACACAUCCAGGCCACAAACAGAUGGACAGCCAGAGGCUGAACAAGAUGAAAGCUCUGGUAGGGAAAGAGUGAGGAAGGAAGAAGAGUUAGUAGUAGAGGAAGAAGAAGAAGAAGAGGAGGCACUGAACCUUAAGACCACCGGAGAAACAAGCAGUCCUGUGGAGAAUCGUUAUUAUGAUUCCAGUGAGGUGGCCUAUGAGUCUGCAGAUAUGGCAAUGCCAACAGAGUAUGAGGAGAACAACCAAGCCAUGCUGUGGUCAGACCCAGAGGGUCUCGCAAGACGAAUGCAGAUUGACCGACUGGACAUCAACGUGCAGAUCGACGAGUCUUACUGCGUAGACGUAGGCGAGGGCUUGAAGCGCUGGAAGUGCCGCAUGUGCGAGAAGUCAUACACAUCCAAAUACAACCUGGUAACACAUAUCUUGGGCCACAAUGGAAUUAAGCCUCAUGAAUGUAUACACUGCGGAAAGCUUUUCAAGCAGCCAAGUCACCUCCAGACUCACCUGCUCACGCACCAGGGAACUCGACCGCACAAGUGUACCGUCUGUGAGAAGGCCUUCACGCAGACGAGCCACCUGAAGAGGCACAUGCUGCAACAUUCAGACGUGAAACCCUACAGCUGUCGUUUCUGUGGCCGUGGCUUUGCCUACCCCAGUGAACUGAGGACCCACGAGAACAAACACGAGAACGGCCAGUGCCAUGUCUGCACUCAGUGCGGCCUCGAGUUUCCAACCUAUGCGCACCUGAAGCGUCACCUGACCAGCCAUCAGGGACCCACGACGUACCAGUGCACAGAGUGCAACAAGUCCUUCGCCUACCGCAGCCAGCUGCAGAACCACUUGAUGAAGCACCAGAACGUGCGGCCUUACGUUUGCCCCGAGUGCGGCAUGGAGUUCGUCCAGAUCCACCACCUCCGACAGCACGCUCUCACUCACAAGGUACUGGCAGCGCACGCCCUCCCACUUAAGGGCAUGAAAGAAUUCAAGUGUGAUGUCUGUGCCAGAGAAUUCACCCUGUCUGCCAACCUGAAGAGACACAUGUUGAUCCACGCCAGCGUGAGGCCCUUCCAGUGCCAUGUCUGCUUCAAGACCUUUGUCCAGAAGCAGACCCUGAAAACGCAUAUGAUUGUCCACCUGCCGGUGAAGCCUUUCAAAUGCAAGGUAUGCGGGAAGUCGUUUAACAGAAUGUACAACCUCCUCGGCCACAUGCAUCUCCACGCUGGCAGCAAGCCCUUCAAGUGCCCUUACUGCACCAGCAAGUUCAACCUGAAGGGCAACCUGAGUCGACACAUGAAAGUCAAACACGGCAUCAUGGACACCACGAUAGAUGGACACGAGCCCCCCCAAGAGACAGAAGGCCAGGAGGACUACGAAGAGGAGAGCUUUGAAUUCAGUGAGCGAGAAAACCGGGCCAACAACACCAACACACCUGACAUCUCUAAACUCUCUCAAAUGGAGUAUUACAGCACCUUCGGAAAGGGCGCCGGACGCUUCAACACUGCGUGAAUUAUUAAAAAUGACCCAAAAUUGAAUAUAGGUGUGACCUAAUGAAAAUAGGAUUGCUUUUUGUUUUGUUUUAUUUUGGUUUUUUGCUGUUAAAGGCAAAGUGCUUGGGCUCCUCUUCAAGGACGUGAAGAAGCCUAGCAAAGCUGCACAUCAGUAUGCACUGGAAUCUAAAAAAAAUAUAUACUUUUUUAAUCUAAUUACAUAUUUUUCAUCUCUAAAACAUUUAAAAAUAAUUACAGAUAAAUAUAUUUGAAAGAAAUGGACAGCCUAAAAUAGGAGCAAAGGAUUUAAAAAAUAUAUAUAUAUCUACACACAUUUGUAUAUGUUGUGAGUUGUUUAACAACAGCUAAACAUCAUCUGAGCCCAAUUUGAAAAGCACAAGCUUAGCUACAGGCAUAGGUGCAUAUGUUGAUGUCUCACUGCACGUCCUCAUUCAGACAAUCCCGGUCCCCCUCUCUGUGGUCAGCUCAUGGGUUAAAGAAGGAAACAGGUGUUGCUGUUCAUUUCACUUGCCAAAGCUAAUAAAGUUGCAGAACUUAAUGAUUCACUUUGAUUUAAACUGUGACAAACUGCAAAACGACUGAAAAUGCCACUGGAUUUGCAAUCUGUGUUUUAUUGUAUAUUAUUGUACAGAAUGUAUCAGCCCUCUAGUACGCUGGCUGGUACUGCAAUCAGUGCGUUGCACUGAGGACCACUGUGUCUACUUUUUACAUUACUGCAUUAACAAGCGUCACCCUGUAUUGAUCUCUAGUCUAUGAAUGUAACUGUUUAUGUGGAAUGUUUUAAGAUGCUAAUAAAAACGUGAAGAAAAACACUUUUUAAAAAAUGGUUGGAUCCCUUUUACCAAAGAAUUAGAUCAAAAUCUCAGAGCUACUGGCGCCAUUGGAUUCCUUUCCUUGCUGCUGUGUUGAGCUGGGACAUUGAAUUUCUAGGGGUCCAAUCACAGACCUCCAGAAAUUACAUUCAGGUUUCCCUCCCACCCAUCUGUAGAUCUUUUCAAAAGAUUACCACAGAGAACAGACUGUGGUGCAGCAUCUCUUUCAGCAAAACCUCACAGUUUUCCCUGAUCCAAGCCUUCACAGGACUGCAGCAUUUUUCAAAAGCAAGCCCCGCAUUUGUAUUGCAGUUGUGUGGUUUUUUUUGUUUUUUAAAUGGAUGAAUCUCAACAAGAAUUGUCCUCCCAAAAAACUCGGACAGAAAUAUUAAGUGCCCUAGUGUGUCUACACGAGCAUGCCAUCCAUCAUGCUGUACACUGGUCUCGAGUGAUGAACGACAACCUCCCAACAUGUGACAGGGCCACGGACCUUGUGCAAAAUGAUUUGGAAAUGCUCAAUAUAUUCAGUUUCUCCAGUGUUUAGCUUUUCAAACUUGUAACCUGCGAAUAAGGUAUCCAUUUGCAAUGUUGAUAUAGUGCAUUUAAAAGAAGAAGAAAGCUCAUUUUUGAGUUUUUCAGCUGCUGUGUUCACUCCAUCACUUUUUUGUGAUGACACAAGAAAGACACUCAUCUUAAAUGGCUUUCUGUAUUAGACAUUAGUGUGGAGAUAAUGUUGAUAGAGUUGUAUGUACAAUGUUGUGUACCAGGCAAUAC